AUGUUCCUUCUUAUCGUUGAGAUACUCAAUAAAGGAAUCAGCGGUGGUGAGAAGCGACGCCUGUCAAUAGCCUGUGAAGCCGUAACAGAGCCAAGAGUGCUGGUUCUUGACGAGCCAACCUCUGGCCUGGACUCGUGUACUGCUCUCUCCGUCCUUGAGCUGCUUCAUCAACUAUCAUCCGAUGGAUGUACCGUCGUUCUCUCCAUUCAUCAACCAUCCUCCGCCAUGUGGGCACUGUUUUCGACCUGUCUCCUUCUCAGCCCGGACGGUUGUCCCGUGUACGCGGCGGAUGCUAGCCAGAUGGCUUCCUACUUUGACCGUCUCGGAUACACCUGUCCCCAUACCGCAAGCCUGGCUGACUUCUUCGUUGAUAUAACAGCUGGCUCUUCUUCCCGGGAAUUAGAAAGCCUAAUAGAAAAGUGGACGCAAUGGCAGUCAUCGGCAGUAUCGACAGCUUCAGAAUCCCCUACCCUCUGGCAUCUUGACCCCUCUGGGCCCCAAACCAAAUGCCGCCGCUUCAUUCCUACUACCCGCGUCCUCCUACACCGCGCCUACCUCAACAUGCUCCGCAACCCUCUCUCUUUGUUCGUGCGACUUGCCCAAUGCCCAGGUAUGGGUCUUAUCUGGACCAUAUUCGUGGCGCCCCUGCACAAAGACUACAAUUCGAUCCAGACACGCAUGGGUCUCAUGAUACAGUACGGCCCGGUAGCAUUCAACGGCAUGCUCCAGAACAUCGCGACCUUUCCAGCCAAGCGAGAUCUCUUCGAGCUUGAAUCCUCCAUUCACUUGUACGGUGCUACAGCCUUCCUCACCCAAUACACGGCCAUAGAACUCCCUUUGGAGAUAAUUGCAGCCGGAAUUUUCAGCCUUCUCUUCGCCUACGCCGCGCAGCUAGGCCCCACGGCGACGAAGCUCGGCGUCUCCUUCUUGAGUGCAGUAUGUACGCUUAACACCGGCGAGUCUUUGAGUAUGCUCGCGUGUCUCGUUUUAGGACGGAACCUCAGCCUGGCUAUGAACUGCACGUCGGCGUUGUUGUCUAUAUUUACUAUGCUUGGGGGGACGAUGAGCCUGAGUCCACCGCGCGUUUUGCAGUGGUUUAAUCACAUCUCGCCUAUCAAAUAUGCUAUUGAUAAUCUGGCGUACUACUGUCUGACUGGCUUGGAGCUGCAGUGUACGGAUAGUCAGCGUCGGGCGGAUGGGUCAUGUCCUCUUCAGACCGGGAAGCAGGCUUUAAAACUUUAUGACUUGGAUACAGAUCAACCGGAGAUUGGACUGGUUGCUGGUGUAGUGCUGAUGGUGGGGUAUCGGCUGUUAGUGUGGGUUGUGUUGAUGCUGCAGGUUAGGUGUCGGAAUGGGUUCGGUUAUCAAAGGUGGGUAAAGGUCAGGACUAGGCGCGAGAACUAG